ACUGUUAAUUUGGGAGGCAGAAAGAUAAUUUAAGUUGAAUUAUAAGGGCCCAAAAGAAAUGGCAAAAGUGGGAAUUUUUAUCUUAGAAUGGAGUUCUGAAGGCUGAGCUUCAAAAUGGCUUCUAGUUACUUGGUUGCCUACAAUAUCAGUCUGCAAUCCCGUGUGAGAUGUUCCUUCUGCACCAAUACAGUCUCUUUUCUUUUGCAUAAACCCUAACCAGAAAAUUCUUUAACGAAAAACCCUGUUUCCCACCAUUUUAGUCACAUUCAAACUCAUCUCUAACCAUUAAUAUUUGCAAAAGAUUCUACCUUCAAUACAAUUUGAUACAGAAAAAACUAACGACUGCAUGGCACAAGAGCUCUUUCUAAUUUUCUGGGUCUUUCUUCUUUUCCCCAACCACCUUGUUUUCUCGCAGUUCGACGAGUUCGUCUUCAACGGAUUCCAUGAUGCAGAUACCAACAUGAGCUUAAAUGGAGUUGCAGAGAUUGACAAGAAGGGUCUCCUUCACUUAACAAACACUACUCGGCGUUUAAUCGGCCAUGCAUUUUAUUCGUCGCAAAUCAAGUUCAAGAACAGCACAUAUGGAAAAGCUCUCUCUUUUUCUACGGCUUUUGCUUUUGCCAUAGAUCCUGCUUACCCGAAGCUGGGCGGCCAUGGCUUCGCUUUCACCAUCUCCCCUUCAAAAACGCUUCCGGGCUCUCUUCCCGCGGACUACUUGGGUCUGCUCAACGCUACCAAUAUGGGGAACUUCUCCAACCAUAUUCUUGCAGUUGAGUUUGAUACUGUGAAGGAUGGGUUUAAUCAUAGAGGUGAUCAUGAUCAUGUAGGCAUUGAUAUAAACAGCGUGGAGUCCAAUGCCUCAGUUCCUGCUGCCUAUUUUGUCGAAAAUGGAACGAAGCAGAAGCUUGACCUUAAGAGUGGUAAGGUUUUGCAAGCUUGGAUUGAUUAUGAUUCGACCAAAAAUCGAUUGGAAGUCAAGCUUUCACCAUUUUCAACAAAACCCAAGUUGCCAAUUCUGUCAUUUGAUGUGGAUCUGUCACCAAUUCUGGGAGAAAAUAUGUACGUUGGCUUCUCUUCUUCAACUGGUGAUUCGCUUACAAGCUCACAUUACAUACUAGGUUGGAGCUUUAACAUGAGUGGUGAAGCUGAAUCUCUGCCUCUGUCUUCACUUCCUUCUCUUCCUGGUCCUGGAAAGAGCUAUCUUGGUUUGAUUCUUGCUGUUUCCCUUUCAGCCUCUCUUUUGAUUAUCGUGGCUGCUGGGUUGGCAAUUUACCUCAUCAGAAAGAUAAAAAAUGCGGACAUGAUUGAAGAUUGGGAGCUGGGUGUUGGUCCUCAUAGGUUCUCUUACGAAGAACUCAAGACAGCUACGAAGGGUUUUAGAGACAGAGAACUACUGGGGUUUGGUGGAUUUGGCAAGGUUUAUAAAGGGAAACUGCCUAACUCCAACACCCAAGUUGCUGUCAAGAGAAUCUCUCAUGAAUCUAAACAAGGGUUGAAAGAGUUCUUGUCUGAGAUUGAGAGUAUAGGUCAUUUACGCCAUAGAAAUCUGGUUCAGCUAUUUGGAUGGUGUCGGCGAGGAGGAAAUUUGCUGCUUGUCUAUGAUUACAUGCCUAAUGGGAGCUUGGACAAGUACCUUUUUGAUGAACCAAUAGCAAUUCUCAACUGGGAACAGAGGUUCAAGAUCAUCAAAGGAGUUGCCUCAGGGCUUUUAUAUUUGCACGAGGAAUGGGAGAAGGCUGUGAUUCACAGAGACAUCAAAGCAGGAAACGUGUUGUUAGACUCUGAGCUGAAUGGCAGACUUGGUGACUUUGGUCUAGCCAGGCUAUAUGAGCAUGAUGGCAAUCCAAGCACAACAAGGGUUGUAGGCACAUUGGGUUACCUUGCUCCAGAGCUCACACGCUCAGGCAAGCCAACAACAAGUUCUGACGUGUUUGCAUUUGGGGCACUGAUGCUCGAAGUUGUGUGUGGGAGAAGACCCGUAGAGCCCAAGGCAUUACUCGAGGAGCUCAUAUUGGUGGACUGGGUCUGGGACAGAUGGCGAAAUGGUUCAGUCCUUGAGGUGGUUGACCUAAGAUUAAAGGGUGAGUUUGAUGAGGUUGAGGCUGAUAUGGUGCUGAAACUUGGGUUAAUGUGCUCUAACAAUGCAGCAGAGGCAAGGCCUACAAUGAGGGAGGUGGUAAGGUUAUUGGAAAGGGAAGUGCCCUUUGCUGAGGUAGUGGCAGCAGCUGAUGCAUUUGAUAGAAAGAAAGGUAAUGUUGGUGGUGAUAUACAGUCUCAAGAUUAUGUGAAUUCAUAUACAAAUUCUUCUUAUUUUGAUGCUCAGCCAGGUCCAGCUUCAUCACUUUCUUCGUUUCUUGCUGGUAGAAAUGGUGGAAGGUAGUAAUUUAUCUGCAAUUGCAGUUUUGUUUUUCUUUUGGCAUAUUCCUUUAGUCUACUAGAGUUUAUAUCGAAUCGAAUCACCACAACUCAGUGGUUAGAUUUCUUAAAUACACAUCUCAAGACAUGUUUUUGAAGAAUCUAACAAUGGAAAGAAGACUAGAGGCUAAAACUUGCUUCAGUGCUAGAUGAA